AAAUAAUCUCUCACUCUUAAAAUGUAACACAAUUCUCUCUCUCUCUCUCUCUCUCACCCUCUCGAGGGACUUCGUCUCACCUUUGAACGCCAUGGCUGCCGUUGCUACAGCUGCGAUUCUCUCUCUUCCUUCAUCUCUCUCACGAUCCUCCAGAUUUAGCAACAGAAAGGGUGUUAGUGCACGGUUUCAGGUGUUCGCUCUAUUUGGGGAAGAAAGUGUAUUAGUGAACAAGAAGAAGACAUGGGGUGCACUCUUUGAUGUGGAAGAUCCGAGGUCCAAAUUCCCCCAGUGUAAAGGGAAGUUUUUGGAUGUUAAUCAAGCCCUAGAAGUGGCCAGAUUCGAUAUACAGUAUUGCGAUUGGCGGGCUCGACAAGAUCUACUUACAAUCAUGCUCCUCCAUGAGAAGGUUGUUGAAGUAUUGAAUCCUCUGGCACGUGAAUACAAAUCCAUUGGCACCGUGAAGAAGGAGCUCGCAGAGUUGCAAGAAGAGCUUGCACAAGCACACAGACAGGUUCAUAUAUCUGAAGCAAGGGUUUCCACUGCUUUAGAUAAGCUUGCUUAUAUGGAAGCAUUGGUUAGUGAUAAAUUGUUACAAGACCAAACAACAACAGAAUUGGAGCACACAUCCUCUUCAGCCAGUACUUCAACAGAAACUCUGGGUACCACAACAAAUAAGCCAUCCCGAAAGGCUCUGAAUGUCUCUGGCCCUGUUCCACCUUAUCAUUCCCGUAUGAAGAACUUUUGGUACCCCGUUGCUUUCACUGCCGACCUUAUGGAUGACACCAUGGUCCCAAUUGAUUGCUUUGAGGAACCUUGGGUUAUCUUCCGUGGAAAAGAUGGCGAACCUGGAUGUGUCCAGAACACUUGUGCACAUAGAGCAUGUCCUCUUCACCUUGGUUCAAUAAAUGAGGGUCGCAUCCAAUGUCCUUAUCAUGGUUGGGAAUACUCGACAGAUGGAAAGUGUGAGAAAAUGCCAUCUACAAAGUUACUUAAUGUGAAGAUAAGAGCAUUACCAUGCCUUGAGCAAGAGGGAAUGAUAUGGAUUUGGCCUGGCAAUGACCCUCCAACAGCCACCAUUCCUUCUUUACAACCUCCUCCAGGAUUUAAAAUACACGCCGAGAUUGUCAUGGAACUUCCCGUGGAACAUGGGCUUCUUCUGGACAACCUUUUGGAUCUCGCACAUGCCCCUUUUACUCACACUUCCACCUUCGCCAAGGGUUGGAGCGUUCCAAGCCUCGUGAAAUUCUUGACACCAGAAUCAGGUCUCCAAGGAUAUUGGGAUCCGUAUCCAAUAGAUAUGGAAUUUCGACCUCCUUGUAUGGUGUUAUCGACGAUAGGGAUUUCUAAGCCAGGGAAAUUGGAGGGGCAGAGCACCAAACAGUGCUCUACACAUCUUCACCAACUUCAUGUGUGCUUACCUUCAUCUAGACAGAAGACAAGGUUAUUAUACAGAAUGUCACUGGAUUUUGCUCCCGUGUUAGAGCACAUCCCUUUCAUGCAGUAUCUAUGGAGAUAUUUUGCGGAGAAGGUUUUGAACGAGGAUCUACGACUUGUUAUUGGCCAACAAGAUCGGAUGAUCAAGGGGGCAAAUAUAUGGAAUAUUCCAGUAUCAUACGAUAAGCUAGGAGUAAGGUACAGGGUAUGGAGAGAUGCUGUGGACCGAGGAGAGAAGGAAUUGCCUUUCAACGACUGAACAUAAAAGCGGCUAAUUUAAGGAUGGAUUCUAAUUUCUUCUCAAAGCCAAUGUGCUCGCAAGUUGGAUAGAAGAAUUCAACAACCCUCACAGUGUUCUGCUGUUUGUUUGUCCCUUGCUUCCCCAACGCAGUUCGUAAAGUGACUAACCAGCAACGGUAAUUUUAUUCAAGGCAGAAGAGAGAUGUUCCCGACGGACAAACCCUUGUAAAAUAAAGAGAAGUAAACUAUCGAUUAUUGUUUGUGUACAGAUUUAGGUCUUUCUUUUUUCCCCCUUUCAAUUCUUUCGGUAGAUUCCUAGAUGAAAUGAUUGAAGUGGUGAAGAUUGUUAAAUUAUAGCUUCACCCGCUUUAACUUGGAAUGAGAUUCUGCAAGUUGGUUGCAAUUGAUUCCAAUUCCCUCGUGGUUCAAAACAAGAAUAAUGCCUUUUCCUUA